CUCGGCAUUACAUUCAUCUUAAGAAAAGGCUCACGUUCAUGAUCGGUGCCGGGACGAAUGCAGAAGGUGCGGCUGCGGAAGGCAGUAAUCCAAAUGCUGCACCUUCUACCUCCAAAUUGACUAUAGAAAGGGAAAAGAAGAGGAUAGCGAUUAGGUCGGCAAACUUACAAGUCUGGCAAGAUGGUCCAAAGGCACUCAAAGGUCCUUUGGACUCUAAUAUGAAGAAAAAUACAGCUUUCAUCAAGCGUAUAAGGCAAACAUUAGGAGCGGAGACGAAAGAUCAGCUGAUCAAAGAUGCUACCUCACUCAACCUCGACAAGUACAUCGAAGAGAUCGUCCAAGCAAUUCCUGAAGGUUUGAGUAAAUGUAACACCUCAAAAGAUUGUAUUGCGGCCGCUGAAAGCCUUGGGUCGUUGCAUGCAAGAUUCGCUACUUCACUUUUUGCACAGCCGCUAUCAACCAUGCUGGCAUCUCAGCUCGUCAUGCCUUCGAGAGUUACACUACAGGCGAUGUCAGCAGAUCAAAGAGAGAAGGAGGAACAGACAAGAGUGCAGAAGCAGAGGAUUAUGUUCAAAGCCGCAGCAGAACUUGCGAUUACUGAACUUAUAAGGCAAGAAAAAGGAAAGUCUAAAGCCGAUCCACAAGAUGAUCCUGAGUACCCUGGUCAAGAAUGGCUCUUUACUAUGCUCAAAGAUUUACUGGUGAAUGAUCGGGAGCAUUCAAACGUACCAAUCUUGAUAUCAUUACUCAAGUCCCUUGGCUCUACAUUGAUUGGAUCUCAGAAUGGGCAGGAUAAUGUCACAGAAAUGAUGUCCAAGGUAAAUUUGGCAGAGAGUGACAGCGUCGUGAAGAACGAGACGCAGGCAAAAUUCCGCAAGUUAUUUGAGACGUACUUUUCCACCCUUGGAAAGCGGAUUGUGAAAGAGCAUUCUAGACUACAAGAACAGGAUAAACGCAAUCACGAAGCAUACAUUCGAUCAGGAGAGAUCUUCGAAGAUCGCCAACAGAAUUACGAAAAGAUGGCGAAAACGUUCGAACGUAUGCACGAAUGGGGGAAGACUCUGUCAGAUCUACUUGGAGUGCCUCUCCCGCCAUUAUCGACAGACGCAAAGUCUGUGCCCUCUAACAGCCUAGCAGUGAAUCUGGACUCGCGAUCGACUUUGGUGGAACGUGACGACGGCGAAUUCGUCUCUGGAAAGAGUAAAUGGGAGGAUGAGGAAACACGUAGAUUUUAUGAGGAGCUCGUAGACUUGCAGGAGAUGGUUCCGCCUGCUCUGUUACAACAAGGCCAACCCAAAGCCAAGACGGGUGAUGGCAAGGCGGAAGCAGAUCCACAAAAUGCCAAUGGCAAAGAUGGAGAGAAAAGUGCUGUUGCCAGCCCACAGCUGAAUGCAAAGAGUAUACAGGAUGACAAAGACGCUGAAAAGUCCAAAGGCUUUGAGGAAAAUGUUGCCGAGGGCCUUGCUGCUGGACCUGCAGCGCAGCUCAAUGCUUUUCUUGCCAGCCUGACAGAGAUGUCAAAUCGGACAAUGAUCGAUUCAGCAGCAGUUGAUUUUGCGUUCUUGAACAACAAGAUUGCCCGUAAAAGACUAGUCAAGCAAGUUCUAGCAAUCCCAAGGAAUCGUAGCGACUUAAUACCUUACUAUGCCCGCUUAGUAGCCACUUUGAACAAGUACAUGCCUGAUGUUGGUGCAGGCGUGAUCGAAGGACUCGACGAAGAAUUUCGAUUCUUGCAACGGAAAAAGAAUGUCGAUAUGGCCGAAACAAGAGCAAAGAAUACUCGCUUCUUGGGAGAGUUGGUCAAAUUUGAGGUAACCCCCAUCAUAACAAUCUUUCACGCCUUCAAAGUCUGUUUGGACGAUUUUAAUGGCCCUAAUAUUGAGAAUAUUGCCACGUUGCUUGAGACCUGCGGGCGGUACCUUCUGAGGAACGAAGAGACAAGUGAAAGGAUGCGCAGUUCGCUAGAGCUCCUGCGUCGCAAAAAGGCAGCGCAAAAUCUGGAUGCCCGUCAAUUGGUGCUGUUGGACAAUGCUUAUUAUCAGUGCAAUCCACCAGAGCGGGAAGCAGUUGCGACAAAGAAGCGUACGCCUAUGGAGAGCUAUAUCAAUCAUCUGAUCUAUGAUGUUCUUGCUCGUCGGAAAGAAGAUAGGGUCUUGAAGCAGUUACGCAAGAUGAAUUGGAAGGAUGAAGUGACGCUGGAGACGUUGCACAAUGUUUUCACACGGUCUUGGCGUAUCAAGUUCAGUAAUUUGCACUUACUUGCAGUUGUGCUGUAUGAUCUGCAAACCUAUCACUUCGAUUUUGUCGUUCACGUAAUCGACACUGUAUGUGAACAAAUCAGAGUUGGAAUGGAAACAAACAUCUUCAAAGACAAUCAAAGGAGAGUUGCAACGAUCAAAUAUCUUGGCGAGCUGUACAAUUAUCGGUUGAUAAAUACCGAUAUUGUAUUUGAACAGUUGUGGUCUCUUGCCUCGUUUGGGCACCCGCAGGGAAGACCGUUACCUGGACAAAUCUCGCCCAUCGAUGCUCCAGAUGACUACUUCCGCAUUCGACUUGUCUGUACAUUAUUGGACGUUUGUGGUAUGUGCUUCGAUCGAGGCGAGCUACGGGAACGGCUGGAUGACUACCUGUUGAUGUUCAAUAUCUACAUUCUAUCAAAGGAGCAACCGUUGCCUAUGGACAUUGACUUUAUGCUGUCCGAUACAAUGGACACAUUACGACCUGAUUUCGUCCUAAAAAGAAACUUCGAAGAGGCAGCCGUAGCAGUUGAUGCGAUGCUGCAAAGACAGCAAGCAGCCGCUGCUGCAGCGGCAGCUGAAGAAGCACAACCGGCUAAUGUUGCUGGAAAAGCAGAUGCAGUGGCCGGGGAAGUUGAUGAAGAUGAAGAUGAUGUCUCUUCAGUGAGCUCCUCUUCUUCCGAAGAAAGCGAGGAGGAUGCACCUAGGCAUGUAUCAAAAGAUGAUGCUAGCACGGAUAGCGAGUCAAGUAGCGAUGAGGAUGGCUUUGAGGAUGAAGAACAAGCCGAAGAAGAUGCAGAAGCUAAUGCGCACGUACGCAGAGAAAGAUCUGCGAUCGAUGAAGAAGCAGAAGAUGAAUUCGAACGUGAGCUGGCAAAGAUGAUGGCAGAAAGCAAUACUGCGCAAGGGUCCAAUUCGAACAAUAAGCGCGGCUUAUUUGACAUAGGCAUUCCAUUUAUCAAAAGAACGGCUGCCAACCAAAAUGCAGACAAUCCGUCAACGGCAGCAAGCAGACCUGCAGGGUCUCCGGAAAUAAUCGCUCAAGAUGGUAUUGCACCUGAGCAACAUAUGCGUUUCUCUUUGUUGUCCAAGCGGGGCAACAAACAGCAUACGCAGGAUGUUCAUGUGCCCAUUGAUGCAGCUUUGGCCGUUCACUCUCGUGCGGCUGAACAGAAGCAAUUGGCUGAGCGUCAACAGCUGAAAAAGUUGGUUUUGGGAAUGGAGACACGCGAACAAGCUGAAGAUCGGUCGACCUUGGAAGCAAGUCUGGCAAAGAAAGGCUUUAGGGUCAGACAACAGCAACAACAAGGGAGAGAGUGAUAGUGACAUCAUCAUAUGUAUUCUUACAAUCACAUCUAUCAUAUUGUACAAUAAUACAUCAUAUCUAUACAAUUAUUACAACC